AUGUUGAAAAUUCUUAUUACUUUUUUAGGUUUAUUCCUGUUUCUUUUGGUUUUUGUUGUCUACAAAGUUUUUAUCUACCCAUAUUUGAGAUUAUCCACUUUCUCAAAGAAACAUGGAAAAAAAGUUAAAGUCUACUUUAAUUUUGGGGUAGGCCUUUUAAAAGAAUACAAAUAAAGCUUAAUCUAAUACAAAGAUAGUUUAGCUUUUUUUCGUAAUUUACACCAGAAGAGUUUGUAAGCUAUCGCUUUUUGCUUUGGUACCAAAGUAGGAUUGAUUUUUGUAGAUUCUAAUUUAAUUAAAUAGGUACACUAAAAUCAUGAAGCUUUUAUGAAGAUUGAUGCUUCUAUGGCUAUAAUAUAUUUAUUUGGUGACUCUUUAAUCUAUGCGAAAGGUAAGGAAUGGUAGCGCUAAAGAAAAUUUUUAGGAAAAUCAUUCCAUUUUGAAGAAAUUAAGAAUUAUCUACCUUCAAUUAAAGAGACAUCUAUAAAAAUAUUUGGAGAAAUCAAAGACCAGUUAAAAUAAUCAGAUCAAAUGGAAAUAUAAGUUGUUAAAACAUGUGAAUCAGUUACUUCUGAAGUAGUUUUUAGAGUUUUCUUUGGAUAAACAUCUUAAAAUUUGAAAAAUACAAAGGAAGAUGGAAGCUAAAUUUCAGUUGCUUAAGAACUUGUUUCAACUAUUACUAAUUCCUUUCAAAUUCUAUAGAAUGAUAAAAUAUCACUCAUAAAAUGA